AUGCCGGUCAUUUGUUUGGGCACGACACAUGUCCUUUAUAUCAGAGGUUGGAUCCAAGUUUGCGUAAAGGAAGAACCAUACAGCAGUUGCAACUUGUUCAAACUGUGCAAGCACACGCUAAAACCACCCAGGAGAGGUUGUAUAUAUGUUUUCAAAUGCUCGACGGGAUCCAACGGGUCGCGAAAGAUAAAACAGGGGGAGUAUCUCUCAAUAAGCAAUCCGUGCCUCUGCCUCGAGUGCGUGGACGUGUACUACAACCAGCACGACCCCGUCAAAAAGCCGCUGGUGCUAGUAUUUAAAUUCAAGAACGGUGAUGAUCGCAGUAACGGCGUCACGAACAGGUACUACCCGAUGUCCUGUUUUGAAACGGACAAAACGCAAUGCCCGUCCAAAAAGAUAGAGGACCUGUGCGAAUACAACGAACAGUCGAUACUGUGCGCGCUGCUACAGGAAAACGAUUCUCUACCCGGGUUAUUGACGUACGAUAUCAUGAAGAGGCCAACGGGUGCGGGUGAUGGCAACGGGGCCAACUGCAAGUACAACUGCGGGAAGAUCCAGGUCACCAAGAACGGCGAUGACACCAGCACCAGCGCGAACGGGGAACCGAAACUGGGCGCCGGGUUCACGCGAUAUAAACACGCGCCAACUAGUACCGGCGGGAACAGCAACGGGGGCAACGACAACGCCGGCAAACCCGCUUGUAUAAUAUACCGGUGCCAGACGCUCAUGGGCGGUAACGGCACCCAGGCCCAGACCCAGGAGCUCCCCGAAAUACAGGGCCAGACCUACAAGUGCGUAAGCGUAUACUUCGGGUGCAAAGCUAAGCGUAACGGAGCGGGUGCCAGCACGGCCGGUAAGAGCGCCGGUGCGUGUCCCAGAACGGGCGAUUGCAAGCCCGGUACCAGUCAGUGUAGUACGUGCCCGGCCGGCGAAAACUCAGACGUGGGUACGACCUGCACACCAGCUACCGGCGAUGGUACGUGCCCGCCCGCACCCACCGAACCCACCUCCCCGUGCAACCAGGACGUCCCGCUGCUCCUGGAACUGCACAGGAACGGCAAGAACGGCGCUAGUGGCGACAACAACCCCCAGUACUACGCGCACGUGCGAAAAAACGGCGCCCAGGAAACGGGCGAUAAUAGCGAGGGCCGGUACUACUGGGUACAGAUAACGGGCGCGAAUAGUGGGAACGGCGCCCAGAACACGCUUAAGGACCUGCUGGAGGACAUCGGCCUGUCGACCACCAGUUCCGGCGGGACGGGCCAUAACAACGGGCACGAAACGCUAAAAAAACUGCUAAAGGAGGCGUUGAAUGGGAACGGAGACGGAUCGGACGGCGCGAACGGCGACCUCACCACACAGCUACAAAAAAUGACAGGCCAGAACCUAACCAAACUGCUCGGCCAGCCUGUGAACGGGUCCCAACCCAGCGUCCAGAACGGCCGGCAGAACGGCCAGAACACCCUAAUAACACUACUGCUAAACCGGAUCCAGUUCAACGUUACGGACUCCGUAGUGGUUCUGCUAAACAGGCGCCCGAAUAACGCGGGCCAUAACGGGGGCCAUAACGGGUCGGCGAGCGGGCAGAACGGCGAUUACGGGGAGAGAGAGGUUUCCGGGGCCAUUUCGGGGCUGGAACCCAACGGACGCGGAACACGGAUCAACCGCCUGAAACUGGGCAACGGUGCGGGCGGGGUCAACGGCAAACAGAUAACGGUGACCGACGUUAAUACCAGUAACGGCGACCCUAGUACGGUGUGCAAAUGCCUCGCCAAAUGCUUAACCAAGUACGGGUACUGCGUAAUACAGCACGAUUUUUCCCAGGCCGUCAAUACCAAACUGGGCCAGGGCUGCUCGGCGGGCCUGCGUUUGCUGAUACCGGCCAGGGAUAACGGGCGUGGUAACGGUGGCUGCCAAACGAAGUACGCCGAACUAAGACUGUACGACGACGCCACCAAGACGGACCCUGCGCACCUGCAGUACCUGUACUACCGGAACGGGGGUCAGGGCGCGGGUUCGGACGGGUCGGCCGCGUCGGCCACGUGCGCAACCACCGCCGACGCCCAAACGUGCUCCAAGACCCAAAACGCCCAGAUAUGCUCCAGGCUGUACGUCGUGUUCUACAAUGGCGUUGGCGGGACGGGCGGCCGGACCAGCGGGUCAGCAGGCACGGGCGACCCUAGACCACUACUUCUGGGCUACGGAGGCUGCUGGUACCGCCCCAAAGAUAAGAACGGGUAUUUCGACACGUGGGUCAAGGUCGACCUGGGUGACGAAAGCGCUGGAACCUGCACCUGCUCAAACGGGGGUUCAGGGGGCGCAGAUGUGAACUGCGAGAAAUGCAAGGCGCUUUUUAAGGCGCUCACGACGACGGUCGGGUUCCUGAACACCGUCGACCUGUUCCAGCACCCGGGUACGGCGGGGGAGGGCGCCCAAACCCCGUGCCAGCCCUGCGAGCCCGGUGCAGCGGGCGCCGGCACCGAGUGCCAGGCCGCCCCUACCAGUGGCCAAACCACCUGCCAAAGCGAAACUAGUAGCUCGGGCGGCAACACCUGCAAGUACGAGGUGCACCAGUACAUGGGCAAGAAGGUCCAGGUCCAGGUCGAGUGCCAGGACGUACCGAACACACAGCCGUCCGAAUCAACCGCGCAGACGUGCAGCCAGUCCGCCACCACCCAGAGCUGCUACAGGAAGCUCACCCACAAGCCGGCCGGCACGGGAAACGGGUCCGGCGACGCGUCCAGUAGCGCGAACAACGGGUUUAGACUGGGCGACGUCGUCUAUUGCGGGAACGGAUGCACUGGAGACACAUGUAAAAUUGACUACUAUAACAACGGGGGCAAGGACCUCGCCGCCUCUGACAAGUGGGCCCCCCUGCUAUCCGUCGCCGUGUACUACUACAACCACGAUACCGGGUACUGCGACCCGUUACUGGUGGAGCUGGAGUUUGCCAAGCCGGGUAACGGGGUGCAGAACGGCGACAACGGGGACAACGAGGCCAAAGAGUACUAUAAGCUGAUAAAGAUAAACGGGGACAGCGGGAACAGGUUGGUGUGGGAAAAGGACACGGAUUGCGCCAAAGACCUCGUAGCGAAGCCCGAAUGCCUGACCCGGUACCUCGACGCGAUACGCUAUUGCCUCAAAAAGGUGGUGCGGAUACGCCUGGAGUGCAAAAACGGGGGCCAGGGGUACGCGCUGGAGGGCCGGGACGCCAGCAAGGGGGCCAAAAACGGACAGGGCCAGUUCAAGCCUAUUGAAAACGGCGUCUCCCAGAACGGGGAGGUCAAGGUCACGGUCUGCGAGUGCCAGUGCCCCGCCCUAACCGCUCGAAAGUACAAGUGCCUGAAACACGGGCUUACAGAGGCGCUAAAACCCGUCCACUACCAGGUGGCCGGCCUGGUUUUUACAUUGCCCGGGAGAAACGGCGAUGCGGGCGCAAACGGGGUGGUCGAGAUCCCGCUGUAUUCGGCGGAGGGUGUGGGUCCCGGUGGGUGCCCGUCCAGUCAGAGCGAGGGUGGGUGCCCCGCUGCUCCCCCGGGGCCCACCGCCAGUUGUCCACCCGAACCCGGCCCCUCAAACGGGUUCACAAUACCGCCUGUCCACUACAACCAGUGCAUGGGCGACGUGUACGUGUAUUUUUACGCGACCGGUGGCCCGAAACCCAGUGGAAAUGCAAACGGUGGCUCUGAGACGGACACGGUGCCCCUGAUGCUCCGGUACAACGGGUUUUUUUACAAGCCGGAGAGCCGCGAUUGUUAUUUCGACCGGUGGGUGUGCGUCCCCGGGUUGUGCAAAACGGCGGGCGAGUGCAAGGGCGGGUGCGCGUGCUGUCCGGGCCAGGACGAUGCCCAGGGCGCCGACUGCGGCCCGGACUGCCCGUGCUGCAAAGAACUCGCCAACGAACUGGACAGGGUAAACGAGUGCCUGAACCGUAUAGACCUGGACCCCGAGAAGGCCAGCAAGGCCGGUUCGGGCGGCAGUUCAGGCGCGGGCACCGGGUACGGGCUCCCCGAGAGCAACGGGGGGAAGGAUUUGGACACGUCGGUGGGCAACAACAGGGUGUGCCUGACCGAGAAAAAACCCACGGGCGACGACGCUCAAAAGGCCUACGUGAAGGUCGUGCACAGGACGAAGAACGGGUUCCGGAUCGGCCAGCUGAUGUACUGCGGGAAGGAGAUCACGCAGGACGGGGUGACCCCGACCGCCCUGAAAAACGGCCAGUGUGACGGGCCCGGUUUAGGGGCCGGCCAGACCUGUAACGGCGCCCCCGCAUCGGCUGAACCGGGUGACAACGGCACAACCAAGAUCGAGGUCGCUAAAGGCACCGGUGGACGCAACGGCAACGGGAACCACAAAAACCUGGUCAACGAGAACGGGUGGAACACCCUGGUCGUUUACUACUCCACGAGCGACAAGUGCUACAUGUUGCCGCAGCUGAUCGUGCUGCUGAACACGGACGGCCCAGUAAAGAACGGCGAGGCGGUGACCGGCACCAACUCAGGCAAAAAGUACGGCUACUACAUCCUGGCCACCAAGAACGGUUCAACUGGCGGCGGUGGCGGUUUAGGUGGUGGGCCGGGGUACGAGUAUACGUGGCGCCUGGUAAACGGGUCCAAAUCGGGUGAAACGCCCGUAAAACUGGACGACAAAACCGAUUUCUUGUUGCUCAACGCGGCCGUGAUAUUGACGGAAUGGACGAGCGACAAGAACGGUGGUCAGGGCGGGAAGUACAACGAUAAAGAGAUCAAAAAGGCCGUCGAGAGCGCCAUCAAACCAAAAUCUGAACUUAGAUCGCCUGGCAACGACAACGACGUGAACCGGCUCACCGGCAGAGAGAUUACGGUUAAGGACGAGACAGAAACGGGUGCGGGAACAGGUCCCUGUGCGUGCGUUAAGCAAUACGGUUUCAAGGUUAUGACCCACGAUCUGACCCCGUUUGUCAAGCUUAAUGGGCCUUUUAAGGAUCCCCUGUGCAACAUCAACCUGAUAACCGGCCUGAAGUUCUUGAUACCCACUGGUGAACGGGGAAAGUACAAGCAGGUCCAGCUCAACGGUGACGCGGCCCAAAACGGCUCGGUAAGGUACCACCACCCCGAUAACGGGGAUAAGGUGUGCGUUUACUUUUACGGCUGCGACCCGCGACCGCUCCUGGUGUGUUACAACGGGUGGGCGUACCGGGCCAAGGACAUGGCAGCGUACAACGAGCAAAAGUGGACCCAGUGUACCGAGGUACAAGGGGCGGACGCGGCGAAAUGCGGGUGCGCCCAGACACCACCGACCGGGACUUGCGACAAGUGCCCGCUUAUAAAGGCGCUGGUCGGGGUCGCCGAUUUCCUCAACCCCGUUAACAUCAAUGUAGUUUCGACGUGUUCACGACCCUGCAAAUACUACGGGGUACAUUGGUUCAACGGGCGGCGGGUCAGGAUCCGGGUAUUGGCACAAUUCGCCUGCGGGUCGUUCUGUUACCAUAGGUUCACGCACACGCACGCCGGAAUAACGGGUAAAGGGGACGGGUUCCGCCUGGGCAACAUACACUACGGCGGCGUUAACAGCAAAGGUGAGGGCAGUGAACAGGGUGGUGACAGUACGUGCAUCAAGUUGAACGGGGCCGGCGGUGGCGGUGCCAACGGCAAGUGCAUCUCCGCGUCCCAUGAUAAGAAUGGCGGCCUGAAGUGUGGCGCGUUCCCCGUGGUCGUCGUUUUCUACUACAAACUCGACACCGGACAUAAAAGUCCGAUCGUGGUUGCGAUGUGUACCACCGAUAAUGGCGGCCCCUGCCCCAAACUCGAGUGUAACCUGUACUACGUUUUGAAGGACCGUGGUAAGAAAACGUACACAAAAGGUACCGGGUCGCUGGACAUGUCCGAUGACAAAAAGCUAAGUGAUGAACUGGAUAAAGCACUGUUUAACAAUAGCAAGAAACUGCAAAUCGUGCUGAGCACGCGCCCCGUGGCAACCGAGUACAAAACCGGCCAGAACGGGUUAAUCACUGACGUUUUUGAUACCGGCACGGGCGACAAGAGUUCAAACCAAAAGGCGGCGAAACAGUUAUUCGACGUAAAAACCAGGAUACUCAAAGAGGUGGCCAAAGAAGCGGAUGAAGCCGAAAAAACCUCUAAGACAACAGGCACCAACGCCCUUACAGCGGGCAAGCCCCUCGCCACUAGGGACGCGCUGCUGCACCACGUUACCCUUAAGACCACCUAUGAUGCCCACCUGUGCGACAACAAAGGGCAACCCUCAGCCCCGUCUGAACCCAAUGCGACCGAAAUCCCAGUGGAGGAAGUGCACUGUCCGGGCCUGCAACCAGGGGGGUACCGCUGUUUCAAACACGCUUUGACCACCGCCUCGGGUAUCAGCGAGGUGGGCGGGCUGGUGCUGUGCCUCUGGGUCGAUAAGGCGGGUGGAAAGGGCGCCAGUGCCCAGUGCCAGCCCUGCCCCAAGCAGGGAGAAGGCCAGGGCAACGAGGGCCUAGAGUUGUGCGACGGCCAGACCACGAGUAACGGCGAAACCGGGUGCAAAAACGGCGAAACCGGGGGUAAAAACGGCAAAAACGGCCAGUCAGUACAGCUGUCGUACACCACCUGUAAGGGCAAUUUGUACGUGUUCUUCUACGGCGAGGACCCGCGGCCGCUGAUGCUGUGCUACGACAAACACGCGUACCGGCCCGUGUGCAUGGCGGACUACUGCAAGCAGUGGGUUAGGGUGGGCAACGGCCCGGGGGGCGCCGGGUCCACGAAUUGCAUGUGCGACGAUAAGACCUUUGACGCCAAUAAGCUACUCCCCGAGCUGUUCCGGGUGUCCGUGCUCCUGAACCCCGUUUAUCUGCGCCUGACCGUUGAGGCCAUAGCGAAGCUUAAGCCGAAGCGGCCCGAUCAGCAGCCGGGAUCGGCGGGUACGAACGGCCAGCAACAACCGUCAAGCCAGUCGGUAUCUACGGACGGGCAAACGGGGUCGGCCGCCGCCGACGACUACACAUACCUAACCCACAACUACCCGCCCGACCCGGUUCGGGUGCGCGUCACCACCCAGGACCUGCAGUGCUACCGGCGCUACACGCACAAGCCGGAGCACGAGGGGUUUAGGCUGGGCCGGGUGACGUACGCCCAGCCGCCCUGUCCCGAGGGUGCGGGUGCGGGUCAGGGGACGGUGGUGGCCUCGUCAAAUGGGCAGUGCCCCGCUCAGCCCGCCCCUACCCCUACCCCUAGUACCACCACCACUACCCAGGCGUUCUGCUUCAAAUACGCACCCGAAAAACAACUGCAAACCGUGUGUACGUACUACUACAUGUACGAUUGCGCCCACUAUUGGCCCCUGGUGGUCGAGCUCGGCUUCAGGGGCCGGCCGAGCGAGUGGUGGCGGUUGUGCUCCGGGCCACAGGAAGGGGGUGGUAACGGCAACGGGGGCGGAGGGGGUGGUAGCGGUAACGGAGCGAGUGGCGUACCCACCACUGGCAACGGGGGCACGGACGACCCGGCCCCGUCGAAACCGCCUGCCCAGCUCAAGUGGGUCCGGAUGGCCGCCAGUCAGGCGGGUACAGGGGCGGGUGCGGGUCAAACGGGCACGGGCGCGGGCCACACGAAUACAGGGACGGGCACAGGGACGGGGGACAGCUGCAAGGACGCCCCGAGCACCCAGCCCGCCGCUACCCAACCCGGGGCUAACGGCGAAAACUGCGCCGAGUGUCCGCCCCCUGCUACGGGCACGGGUGGCCCCCAACCCGCCCAUAACGGCAACAACAACCACAACGGCCGCCAAAACAACGGCCAGACCGACCAAACCUCCCAGGAACAGCGCGAAAACCGCGAACAAACGUGCGCGCGCGACGCCGCGUUUGCCCGAGACGCCCGGGAAAUACAGGACAAACUGGGAAAAACGGUGCUCGGCAUACCUGCCUACCCUCGCAACUACCCCGGGCUCGAGAUUGAUCUGCGGGAACUCAUAGAACGGCGCGCCUACGAGAUACGCAAGUCGCUGGGCAUCGAGUACGGUUCCAAGGGCCGGGACAGGUUGAUAAUGGAAACGGAUAGUAACUGCCAGGAGGAGUCGAUAAUGGCGUACUUGGUGGGAGGAGUUUGA